AUGGUUGAGAAAAAAUCGGAGAUGAAAUCCGUGGUUUCAUCUGAUGUGGUUCUCAUGAUGUCUAAAAUUACAUACCAUAAACUGAUAGGUUUGAAUUAUUUGGAGUGGUGUAAGACUGUUUGGCUUUAUCUACGUAGUAUUGACAAAGAUGACCACUUGACUGAUGAUCCUCCUAAAGAAAAAGAUGAUUCAAGACAGACCUGGCUCAGGGAGGAUGCUCGCUUAUUCCAUCAAAUCUGGAAUUCUAUUGACAGUGAGGUAAUUGGUUUGAUCAAUCAUUGUGAGUCUGUUAAAGAACUAAUGGAUUAUUUGGAAUUUUUGCAUUCUGGAAAAGUCAAUCUCUCCCGUAUGUAUGAGGUGUGCAAAGCAUUCUACUGUGUGGAGAAACAAGAUCAGUCCCAUAUGAACUAUUUUAUGUCCUUUAAGAAGACGUAUGAGGAGCUUAAUAUGUUGCUGCCAUUUAGCCCUGAUGUGAAGGUUCAACAACGCCAACGAGAGCAGAUGGCUAUUAUGAGCUUUCUAGCAGGGCUCUCACCUGAAUUUGAUUAUGCAAAAGCACAGGUUCUUUCUGGUUCUGAUGUUUCCUCUUUACAAGAUGUCUUUAGUCGUAUUCUUUGCAUGGAAAUUACUCAUUCUGUUCCUCUUAAUAGUGCUUUGGAAUCACUCAAGUCGUCAUCUCCUUCUGUCACUGCUAUUGCCGAUUCAGGUAAAUCUAAUACGUGUCUUCUCUCUUCAUCCUCCAAAUGGGUCAUUGAUUCUGGUGCCACAGAUCACAUGAUAGGUAAUUCCCGUCUCUUUUCCACUUUUCAUUCUCACACUUCAACUUCUACUGUUACCUUAGCUGAUGGGCACUAUUACUCCUACACCCCUACUUACUUUGAUCUUAUGACGAAGAAGAUUAUUGGUAAAGGACAUGAAUCUGGAGGCCUCUAUGUUCUUGACAUACCGCCACCAACUUCUUUUGCUUGUUCAAGUGUCACUUCCGUUUUUGAGGCUCAUUGUCGAUUGGGUCAUCUAUCUCUUCCUUUGCUCAAGAAACUUUGUUCGCAAUAUAGUAAGAUUAAGAAUCAAUUUAAUGUUUUUAUUCGUACUUUGCAAAGUGAUAAUGCCAAAGAAUGUACAUCUGCUUUAUUUCAUUCUUAUAUGGUCUCUAAUGGCAUGCUUCAUGAAACCUCUUGUGUUGAUACUACAUCCCAAAAUGGUGUAGCAGAACGUAAAAACAGACAUCUUCUUGAAACUACAAGAGCCCUCUUAUUUCAAAUGUAUGUUCCUAAACAUUUUUGGGCCGAUGCCGUUUCUACAGCAUGUUUUCUUAUCAAUCGCAUGCCAUCUUCUGUUCUUCAUGGUGAGAUCCCGUAUAAAAUUCUUUUUCCCGACAGGUCAUUAUUUCCUGUUAAUCCUAGGAUAUUUGGUAGUACGUGUUUUGCUCGAGAUGUUUGUCCAAAUGUCACCAAAUUAGAUCCUAAGUCAUUGAAGUGUGUAUUCCUUGGCUAUUCUCGUCUUCAGAAAGGGUAUAGGUGUUAUUGUCCAAAUCUCAACAAGUAUCUUGUCUCCAUUGAUGUUACCUUCAUGGAAAACACACCCUAUUUUUCAUCUUCCUCUAUUUCUACUCGUCAGGGGGAGGAUGAUGAUGAUUUGUUGGUAUAUUCUAUCACUUCUUCUGCCCCUGACCCACUUCCUGAGGAAUCUCCUAUUUUUGAACAUAUCUCAGACACUAGUCGCGAUGAGUCUCCUAUUACUCACCCUGUCUCAGCCACAACUCCUGACAUGCCUCCGCCUCCUAUUAAAGUGUACACCAGGCAUUUGCCUCCUGUUUCAUGUCCUACACCUGCUUCUUCAUUGUCAGAUCCGGUCCCAAGCAAUGAUCUUCCCAUUGCGCUACGCAAAGCCAUAUCGCAUCCUGGUUGGCAUGAUGCAAUGAUAGAAGAGAUGAAUGCUUUAGAUGACAAUGGUAGUUGGGACUUGGUUGAUUUACCUUCAGGAAAACGGGCCACAGGCUACUCAUCAUUGGCCUCUACAUUAGCUAGAUAUCAAGAAUGCUUUUCUUCAUGGAGAUCUUCAGGAGGAGGUGUAUAUGGAGCAACCUCCUGUCAGGUUGUUGAGAAAUUUGGUAUGCUGAAAAGUAAGUUCGAUCAUUCUGUGUUUUAUAAACGAUCAACUACCGGUAUCAUUUUAUUGGUUGUGUAUGUGGAUGAUAUUGUUAUUAUUGGAAAUGAUACUAGAGGAAUCUCAUCUCUUAAGUCCUUCAUUCAUACUCAGUUUCACACGAAGGAUUUGGGGGUACUCAAGAAUUUCUUGGGAGUUGAGAUAACUCAGAGUAAACAAGGAAAAUUGGGAACAAAGCCAUGUAGUACUCCAAUGAGUCCUAGUGUGCACCUUAGAAAAGAUGGGGAACCAUUUGAAGAUCCUGAAAGAUAUCGCAGGUUGGUUGGAAAGUUGAAUUAUCUUACCGUGACUCGUCCAGACAUUGCAUUCUCAGUUAGUGUUGUCAGUCAGUUCAUGUCAUCUCCAACAAUUCAUCAUUGGGUAGCGUUAGAGCAAAUUUUGUGUUACUUGAAAGGAGCACCAAGAUGA